AUUUCUAAAAUACACAUAUAUGUAUAUUUAAAAUUUACCAUUCCCAAUGUUUUAAUGAUGUGAUUUACAUCUUAUCUGCUGUGUGGACUCAGGUCCACCAUGGCCAGUAAAAGAGUGCAAAGGAGAAGGAAAACAAUUAUGGAUCAAGGGACUGCAGAGAGCCCAAAUGUGACACAAGAUCGGCAAGCUCCUACAGAUGUAGAGGAGACUGUAGAAGAGGGCCAGAGAAGGGAAGAUAAAGAUGAAGUGUCCAGUGAGGAAAGUGUACAGUGUGAUGAAAGGGUUAUGCUCAGUGAUAAAACCAGUUCCCUGAAGUUGCAGCAGAAAAAUAAAAGACUGCAGAAAAAAAUUAAGAAAAUGCAUGAAGAAAUUUACAUUUUGAAGAAAAAGUUGAAGGCAAGAACAGGAAAGUCAAAGAAGUACAGAUCCCGUGAAGAUGAUUCAGAUGAUUCAAGCUCUAGUUCAACCUCCAGCUCCACCUCAAGGUCCACCUCCAUUUCCUCACUUUCAACCUUAUCCUCCAGUUCAAGCUCAAAAAUGGGAAAUCCAAAAACCAAAAAGAAGAGGAAAGAAAAGCACUAUCAUCCUCUGGCAAUGGCAAGAGCUCGAACAACUGAUGAUGUGGUACGUCGGUACCACAAAGUUUUGAAGGCCUACAAGAAUCAGGGAAGCAUGACUAAGGCCUUCAAAACUGUAGGAGUGGAUCGCAACACACUGGCUCUGUCUGCCCCCCUGGCAGAAAUUUCUAUUGCUUGUCCAAAAUUCUUAAAGAGCCUUCCACCUUUUAACAUCAAAAAGGAUAAGCUUUUAGAAUACUCCAAGCGUUGUGCAGAGUCGAUGACUCCGGAGGUCACUACCAAAAUUGAAGACCUUAAAGCUAAAGGCAAGCUCCUGCCAAUCAAGUACAAAUACAGAUAAGCCCCUAAGUAACUUGUUUAAGUAUACAAUAUUGUUAUAUAGUUUAGGGCUAUUUUGUAUAUUUUACAUAUUUGUUUAUUUAUUUUGGUUUUUCUUUGUUUCUAUUUUUGGUUCCAGUAUGUUAAAAUACACUUGAACACUUAAAUACGCUUUAAAAAAAGAAUUAUCCAGAUAAUGUUUGGCUUAACGUUUUAAAAGCCAUAUGGUGUUCCAUUGUAUUGAAGCUUAACAAUAAAGGUUUAAAAUUGUAAAAAUCUGUUUACAUCAUAUUAAUUUCUGAUCUGAAUUAAAGGGAU